AUGGUGAAAUGGUGCAUGUGUGUGCGAGACAGCGUGCGUGCGGUGCUGAAGCAGGCUGGGUGCCUGCUGCUGGCAGGGGCAGAGCCAGUGGACGUGCUGAAGGCACUGCAGUUCCAGGCCCAGCCGGACGGUGUGCGGAAGACGAUGGGGUUCUGCCCCGCCAGGCGGGCAGGGACGGGGCCGGAUGUGGCCUACAGGAUAUCACGGCAAGCACAGAUCAGCGCCCCCACCAGGCAGCUCUUCCCAGGGAAGUUCCCGGAGGAUUUCUCCAUCAUGGCCCUGGUGAAGGCCAAGGCUGGGAGCCAGGCGUUCCUGCUCUCCGUGUACGACCAGCACGGCACCCAGCAGCUGGGCGUGGAGCUGGGGCGCUCGCCCGUCUUCCUCUACCAGGACCAGAGCGGCCGGCCCGCCCCCGAGGACUACCCGCUCUUCCGGGGCAUCAGCCUCGCUGACGGCAAGUGGCACCGGCUGGCGUUGAGCGUGCGCAAGCAGUCGGUGACGCUGAUCCUGGACUGUAAGAAGAAGGUGACGCGGCCGCUGCCCCGGGGCCCCCGCCCGGUGAUCGACACCCGCGGCAUCACUGUCUUUGGCACCCGCAUCCUCGACGAGCAGGUCUUCCAGGGUGACAUCCAGCAGCUGCUCAUCGCCCCAAACCCGCAGGCAGCCUACGACUACUGUGAGCACUACAGCCCCGACUGCCACGCCCAGCCCCAUGCUCCCCAGGCACAGGAGGCGCAGCGGAGACCUGCCAGGCCCGAGAUCCCACCCACCCACUGGGACUCCGAACUUACCCCCUAG